AUGGCUGCUGAUCACAACACUGUUACUCGUGCUGUGGUAUGCCGUGGACCACUUUCAGAAGGGAAAUGGGCCAUCGAACUCCUGACUCUACAGCCACUGAAGGAAACUGAUCUCAAGGUCAAGGUGCUCUCUGUCGGUCUUUGCCACACUGAUUUGACAAUUGGAAGCACACCCCAGGAACUCGGAGCGUAUCCCGGGGUAUUGGGCCAUGAAGGAUGCGGAAUUGUUCUUGACAUUGGAUCAAAGGUCACCGCCGCGAAAGUUGGUGACAGGGUCCUCCUCUCUUUCCGCUCGUGCAAGUCGUGCACCUUUUGCAACAAAGGCGAACCCUCUUACUGUUCCACGUUCACUCCGCUCAACAUGGGCCUCGGCAGUCACCCGAGAACUUUCGCUACCGACAAGGAAGGGCUUCCUGUGAAGGGCUUUUUCUUCGGCCAGUCAAGCUUCUGUGAGAUCACGACCGUGUCUGAAACGUCUGUCGUGAACGUCUCCGACCACGUUCAGACAGAUGAUGAUCUCAAGCUACUAUCUCCUCUUGGCUGCGGAUUGCAAACAGGCGCAGGGGCUAUUAUGAAACUUCAGGACCUGAACGAGGAUGAUUCUGUUGCAAUUGUUGGCCUCGGGGCAGCCUCGAAAAUCCGAGGAAUCAAAACUGUCAUCGCAAUCGACAGAGUGCAAAGCCGGCUUGACUUGGCAAAACACUUUGGAGCGACACACACUCUUGACUCCUCACGCCUCGGUAACGAACUUGUUCCGGCCGUGCAAGGGUUGACCGAGGGUCUGGGUGCGUCUGUGUCAGUGGAUGCAACGGGAAACUUGAACGUGAUCAAACAGGGGAUCGUGGCAACAAGAAAUUUGGGCAAGGUUUGUAUGUUGGGGGUCACGCCGCCAGGAACAACCCUUGAUAUCGACAGCACUUCAUUUUUAGGGUCAGGAAAACAGUUAUUUGGGUCUGUGGAAGGAGGUGUAAUCCCCACAGAGUUCAUACCUAGCCUGAUACAAUGGCACCGCCAGGGCAUUCUCCCUAUAGAGAGAAUUGUCAAAUUUUACCCUGCAGAGAGUUUUGCACAAGCUCUAUCCGACAUGCGAUCCGGGGACGUUGUGAAACCUGUGCUUUAUUGGUAG